AUGGACAAUACCUUAAAUGCAACGUAUUUAAUCUUUGAUGGACAUGUGGAAGUGGACAAAUAUAGGUAUGUUUAUUUUUUCAUUACACUUAUAGUUUAUAUUCUAAUAAUAUGCACUAAUUGCACUAUUGUUUAUCUGAUUUGGAUUCACCAAAACCUUCAUGAACCUAUGUACAUUUUCAUUGCAGCUUUAUUACUGAACUCUGUUCUUUUCAGCACCAUGAUCUACCCAAAGCUUCUGAUUGACUUUUUAUCUAAAAUCCAGGUCAUAUCCUAUUCAGCUUGCCUUUUUCAGUUUUAUAUAUUUUACUCUUUGGGUGGUUCAGAAUUCUUACUCUUAGCAGCCAUGGCCUAUGACAGGUAUGUGUCUAUAUGCAAACCUCUGCAAUAUGCAUCCAUCAUGAGAAGAACUACUGUCUGUAUUUUCUUGAUUUUAGCGUGGACUGUUCCUGCAUGUGAGGUUGCAGUUGCAACUGGAUUAAUUGUCAAGGAAAAGCUUUGCAGCUUCAUUUUAAAGGGAAUCUUUUGCAACAAUGUGAUUUACAAACUUCAGUGCGUAAUCUCAACAGCACGCAUUAUACGUGACAUGAUUAUAUUGGUCAACAUUGCACUCAUCCCUGUCCUUUUCAUACUGUUUACUUAUACAAGGAUACUGAUAAUAUCUUAUCAAAGCAGUAGAGAAUUUAGGAGAAAAGCUGCACAGACCUGUUUACCUCACCUGAUUAUACUGAUCAACUUUUUCUGUUUGUGUUCAUAUGAUGUGGUUGCAGUUGGACUGGAAUCAAAAUUUCCAAAGAUUUUACAAUUUAUAAUGAGUUUUCAAGUGAUUUUGUAUCAUCCCCUCUUUAAUCCAAUCAUAUAUGGACUGAAAAUGAAAGAAAUUUUUAAACACCUCAAAAAGCUGUUCUGCAGAAGAAAUAUAAAGUGA